CGAAGUAGGCUAGUCGUUUUCCAACAUUGGCCUCGUUUACUGUUGAAUGAUGCCCGCACUCGAAACAUAAAAAUUUUAAAAUAUAGAACAACCACAAAAUGUCAACCAACAAAGGCCGGGACAGCAGUCUCACUGAUGUUUUCGGAACCCUGCAGCUCAGCGACACUGAAAGCUUAUCGGCACAGCAAGAAGAUUCGUGCAAAAUGCCCCAAAGCGAUCCGAAUGACAGCAUUGGCGACUCGUUCGUUAAUGUCGUGGACUCUGAUGAGUCUUCCGUGGUCAGUUAUAUAUAUUCGGUUGACCUGGUAUCCCCCGAAUCCAGCCUCUGCGAGGACAACAACAGCAACGACAACAUUCUGUACACCACGAACGACGACAGCAGUGACGGCUCCGAUAUUAAUGUUGUGGACACUGAUGAAUCGUCCGUGGUCAGUUACAUAGAUCCAGCUGACCUGGGCAUCACCAUCGAGGAGACGAGCGAAAGCGAGGCGGCGGAUGAGCACGGUCCUGGUCUUUCUCCUCCCACACGUACAGCUACCAGUGGUGCCGACAUGGACACCCCACAGUCAUCCAAGUCGUCGAAGUCAUCGAAUUCGUCGAAGUCUUCCUUAAAGCGCUCCUCAAAUUCCCUUAGCGACGACGACACGCAAGCCAAGAAAUGUAGUUUGGAUGCCAUCAGUGGCAGUGUUUUGGCGGCGUCAAGGUCUGGAUUAAAGCGCACUUCUCCAUUUUCCCUGGGCAAGGACAUUCCGGCCAAGAAACUAGCCAUGAAAGAGAUGGUCGCCUUCUCGUCUAGUCCCAAGAUUGUCACCCGCAGCGGUCGUGCGGUGCGCAUGUGUCUGGAUAAGAAAUUUGACUACUCAUCCUCGCAGCCGGAGGAUGACGAGACGGAGGACUCGUUGGACUCGUCAGCAACGGAUAGCGACGAUGAGUUCCAGUUGAAUGGCAGCCACGAGGAGCUGAACUGGUCGAGUCGCAAGCGACGCCGCUCCAGUCAUGGAAGCAACCGGACCAGCACUAGCUCUAGCAGCUCCUCGCAGCUGGAGGCUACACUGAUCUACUUGGACCUAGAACCACCAGUGGCCACUAUUAUGGAUGAGCCAUUCGCCGAUUUAGUCCUCGAAGACGAUGCUGAUCUUAAGACCAAAAUGCACAAGUUCCUGGGUCUAAUACCGCGUCGUCGCAAGCUGUACAAUCCCGAGGAUCAACUGUACCUGGAGCCGGAUGAACCGCCCCACAAGGAGACGGCACCUUCCCGCAGUUUUCUGUUUAUUACCUCUCCUGUCCAGCCACAGUCCCAGCCCCCGUCCCCGCAUGUUCUGCAUGUUCCGCCGUCGCCCAAAAAAUUGCCCAUAAGAUCGCCCAUGAUAUUGAACACAUCUCAACUGCAGUCGCUGACCCUGGAGGAGCGGAAAACCAAGAUGCUGGACGAUACUAUGCUCCUGGUUAAUGCCGCCACCUUAGAGACCGAAACGCCGGACUACAUCAAGGCGCCGAUCGAUCUGAGAGAGCUGCCCAGCGAGAAGUGGCGGGCCAACAACUGCCGCCGUCACAAGGCCUGCAUUGCCUGCCUGGAGCAGCAUCCGCUCUUGUACAGCUUUGUGGAUUCGCUUAACCCCGCCACCUCGAUCAAACUGUGCCAUCCCCAGGCGCUGGCCUAUCGCGGAAGCGACUUCGAGAGCUCCAAGCAGGCGCUGGCCAAGCUGCUAUUCAACGUAUUCAACCACGCCGUCUUCCACUGCGCCUUGCAGCCAAACAUAGUUUGGAAGCGGAGCCUGGGCAAGCCCUGUCGCUGCGAAAUGAUCAUUGACUCGUCCGGCCAGCGUACGACCCGCCUGCUCCUGUGGAACAACAUCAAUAGUCCGGGCAGGCUGAUCAAGCCCCUUAUCCACGAAAUGUGUCAUGCCGCUGCAUAUGUCUUUAACCGCGAGACGGGACAUGGCGAGGCCUGUCGCCAGUGGGCCUACCAGGCCAAUCAGCAGCUUUUCGAGCUGACUCAAAUCGAUGCCUGCGAUGCGGCCUACAAAUAUGUAUGCUCUAUGUGCGGUCGUGGCUCCUACGGCCUCAUGGACUUUGCCGGGAGCAAGGACAUGCUGCGCUGCCACUACUGCCAGUUCGAGGUGGUGGUGGAGCCCUGGAGCGUUGACGACAAGUACGACGGUAUCCGGCCGGACACAACUUUGACUGAGUUUAAAACUUUUAUUUUCGAAAAAUACCAGCAGCUGGCGGAGCAGGAGCACAGCUCCAAGAUGCGGUGCCUGAACCAGCAGUAUCUGGAUAUGCAGCUUCGGGCGGCCUGUGAUUAACCCCAACUCGAUUACUAUUAUUCCUUGUUCUUUUUUUGUGGGAUUAACUAUCUAUAUAUUUUUGUACCUUUACCAAAUAUUAGCAUAAUGAAGCCGAUGUUAUAUUUACAAGUCGCAUGGCUUUAAGCAUGUUACUCCUAAAACCACAGAUCUGAGAGAUUCAAUCCAAGGACCGUGAACAUUAAAAGUGAAAAAA